CCACGCUUUAAGUUUAUAUUUAGUUUUGGGUGUUGGUUGGGUUAAAGCGGUACGUUAUUAAAAAAAACGUCUUGAGAAAAGUAAAACCCCCUAAAAAAUCCUGGACAUCUUGUAUCCCCCUAUUCAGGUGUGAAUCUCUCAAAUGGGCAUCGCUGGAGGAAUCUAUAGAACUGAUGUCUAAUAUUCAUUGACUUACAUUUUAUGAGAGAAUCACCACAGAUUAAGCAGAAUUGAGAACCACAGCUCACUAUUUGUUUUACCUACAAAUAAUACAUACAAUGUAUAAUGUUAAUUUGUCAGAAUACAAUUGUGUAAAUACUAAACACAAAUAUUUUUAUAAGAUGUUGUUCGACAAGAGAAAAAAGUUUCUUUUAUUUGGGGCAUCUCUGGCAAUAUUACUUUACAAUGACAUAAAGUUGUUUGAUCAACAUUUUGUUGCAAUCUUUAUUGCAUACUUCAUUUUAAAAUAUGAAAAAUUGGAGAAAUCUACCAUCAACUAUGGAGUUGGUAUGGCAUGUAGCUUCUAUGAAGGUUAUUUAGCCCAAAUUAUUCCCAGUAAUGGUGCAGAUUUUAUUGGCUUUGAGGAAAAUAUCAGAAACUUUGAAAACAGCCAGGGUGGUGUUGUAUUUCCUGUGAAGAAACUGUUCAUAGUAAUAACAAAGUCAUUGUAUUGUCCUCCUGAUCUGAAGGAGUUCAAUAAAAAGGAUCCAAGCUUACCAUACAUGGAAGCUUGUCAGUCCUUGGGAGACGUGAAAAAAGACCAGGCCGGUGUAAAGAACCGCAUAUACAGAAACAGUGCUUAUAAAAUUCACCGAGCCGGAACCGAUCCCGUGUACCUCGCCGUGGAGUGCGCUACACCACUGCACACGCUGCACAAAGUUCUUAAGAAUCGGACCAUCUAUGAAGAGCUGGGCAGCAUAAAUUCAGAAGAAGUAGUGUCUGAUUUCUGUGAAACCCUUGGGACUAUUAUCAGGAAGACCCCCGAGUGCAGGGGCAAGUGCGAGCUGGUCUAUUAUGAUGACGAGGACCCAAACCAGAAUUUAGCUGAAAUUCUUCUUGACCGAAUCGAAACAUUAAGAAAUCUGAAAUUAUAGUAAUGGAUUGUUUUUCUUUUUUUAAAUAUAGUGUUCAUUUUA